GGUUGUACAAGCCACGAUUCAAAAGCGACACUCGAUAAAACACCCAACUCCUGUGCCGAAACGCACAGGGAGGGCUGCUCGCACACGUGCAGGGAACAUGCAUCUGCAGCACUGAACUCUUGCGCUUCUCGACUUUGCAAAAACAAAACGAGAUAAAUCUUCACUUUUCAUUGCGCGCAGGUAAACGCCACCAAAAAACCCCAAACAAGGCAUUGUAAUAAUGGCACUGCUGAAUCAUCUCAGGGCGGCAUCCUGGAGGAGCGUUCGAGGCGACCGGCUGAAUGUGCAGCUGUUUUCCGCUCUGCGCGCUUUGCACAAGUCGGCGGCCAGCGAGGCUUUGGGGGUCUCCGCGGCCCAAGAGGAGACCAUGCCCCAGAGGCUGAUCACACCGGAGGACGUCGGCACAGUCAAGACCCUGAACGAGAUGCCCGGACCGAGCACCGUGUCCAACCUGGUCGAGUUCUUCUGGAGAGACGGGUUUAGCAGAAUUCACGAAAUCCAGCUGGAGCACAGAAAGAAGUAUGGAAAAAUCUUCAAGUCCCGCUUUGGGCCCCAGCUGGUGGUCUCAAUCGCAGACCGGGACCUGGUGGCUCAGGUGCUGAGGGCCGAGGGCACGGCCCCUCAGAGAGCCAACAUGGAGUCCUGGAAGGAAUACAGAGACAUGAGAGGCCGAGCCACUGGCCUCAUCUCAGCUGAGGGAGAAGAGUGGCUGAAGAUGCGGAGCGUGCUCAGGCAGCUCAUCAUGCGUCCCCGUGACGUGGCGGUGUUCACUGACGAUGUGAACAAAGUGGUGGAUGACCUGAUCAACAGAGUUUGUGCUCUGCGCGCAGAGGAGUCUGAUGGAGCAACUGUCCUCAACGUGAAUGACCUCUUCUUCAAAUAUGCCAUGGAAGGCGUGGCGGCCAUUUUGUACGAGUGCCGACUUGGCUGUUUGGAAAAUGAGAUUCCCAAGGAAACGCAAGACUACAUCGAUGCACUGAACCUCAUGUUCAGCUCCUUCAAGACAACCAUGUAUGCCGGGGCGAUCCCCAAGUGGCUCCGACUGAUCAUUCCCAAACCGUGGCUGGAGUUCUGUAGCUCCUGGGAUGGCCUCUUCAAGUUCAGCCUUAUUCACGUUGACAAGAGACUCCGAGAUAUCAAGACCCAGCUGGAGCAGGGAGAGGACGUGAAGGGGGGACUGCUCACUCACAUGCUCAUCGCCAAGGAGAUGAGUGUGGAGGAGAUCUACGCCAACGUAACGGAGAUGCUGCUGGCCGGGGUCGACACGACCUCCUUCACUCUUUCGUGGGCCAGCUACCUGUUGGCACGUCACCCUCAUGUACAGCAGCAGAUCUAUACGGAGGUGACGAGGACUCUGGGACCUGGAGCAGUGGCCACAGCUGAAGAUAUCCAGCAUAUGCCUCUUAUCAAAGGGCUGGUCAAAGAGACUCUCAGGCUGUUUCCGGUUCUCCCAGGCAACGGACGGAUUACCCAGGAUGACUUGGUGGUGGGUGGAUACUUCAUCCCCAAAGGGACUCAGCUGGCCCUGUGUCACUACAGCACAUCUUUGGAGGAAGAGAGCUUUGCCGAUGCGUUAGACUUCUGUCCACAACGCUGGAUUCGGAAAGACUACACCGAUCGCGUCGACAACUUUGGCUCGAUUCCCUUUGGCUACGGCAUCCGGAGCUGCAUCGGCAGGAGAAUAGCCGAGCUGGAGAUGCAUCUAGCCCUCACGAGGCUCAUUCAAAGGUUCCGCAUUUGCCAGUCUCCCCUCACUGCUGACGUCAACGCGAAAACCCACGGCCUACUCUGCCCCGCUGCUCCCAUUCACCUGCAGUUCAUCGACAGGGAAAACUAGAUGCCGACUCGUCUACAUUAGGUCUACCAUACUGAAUGUUUUCAAAGUGCUUUUUAGAUACUAAUGUCAGGGCACAGAAAUAGUUCUGGACCAAUGAUGUGAUGUUAAAAACGUGUUUUUCGUAUAUUUAUACAGUUUGUAUUUAGUAAAAACCACUGCAGUUUGUUUGGGCUGUUACUCCUCCAUUCAUCCUAUUCAAAAUAGUGAGUGGAAACAUGAACUAUAAUCAAUGUACUUAUCAUAUCAUAUCCUUUUCUGUUACAAUGCAUGCAUGUUUGUUACACAUUAUAACAUUAGUGAAUAAUGUGUUUAUACACACAUUACACAUUAUACAUUUGGUUGUGUAUACACACAUUAUAACAUGAACACACUGUUCUUAAUUUUGACAAAUCAUAUCACUGGUAAUGUUGAAGGUCAACCAUGAAUGUACUGAAAAUGAUCUGUUUCAUAGGAAUGUAUAUAAUGAGCUUUAUUUGAUGCUAAUGCUUUCUUUGUGUUGCAAACCACAAUAUCUUACCAGGUUGUUUUUUUUCUAUAAACAACAGAGUGUUUAAUCACUAGAGUGGCAUUACAUUACUUUAAUCCAAACAUAAUUUAAACAUAUAUAUUUGUAAGAAAAAUUAACUUUUGAAUAUGAAAGGAAUUUAAUUGUCCUGUGAGUUUAUGAAUGAACCACUAUAAAGUUAAUAUUUUUAGCUAGUGAAAAUGUAUCUCUAUUUGUUCACAUAUGUUUGGACAAAAAAAAAUAAAGUUUAGUAAUUUUGUUUUCAAUGCCGUUUGUGUGAAUACUAGUGUUUUACCAGAACAUGAGUUACAUUGUGGGUUUUACUGAGAAGGAAAGUGAAUGUUACAGAACAGUUUGUUUUGCGAGGAGAAGAGACAAGUCGUUGUUGGAUUGGGUCAUUUUGAAGGAUCAUACUGCAUCGAGGAAAAGUCUCUGUAUGUAUCUGCUCUUUUGUGUAUCUGCACCUUUUGACUGUAUUAAAGAUGUUGUGUGUUGUCCAAAA